UAAAGAAAGUCUCCUCAUUUCUCAAUUUGGGAAAAAACUAGGGUUUUUCAAAUCUCCCAAAUUUCUUUACACAUUUGCCCCAAGUUUGAUCUUUUUCAUCAAUGAAGCGAUCUCUUCAUGAAAGUGAUGAUUUCAGCAACUACUCAAACGAGAAACAUUGCUUUGAAAUCUGACCCCGAGUCCCGACCAAUGCUUUCGUCUCCUCUCAAAAGGAAGCAUGACGAUGAUUACGAAAUCUCCGGUCUCAGGAGGAGAAAGCUACCGAAGACGAGGGGAACAUUUGUACCAUCUUCUUCUGCUUCUUUGAAGAUGACCUGGUCUAAAGAAGACGAGAUCUCUAUCCUCUCGGGGAUUUUGGACUACCAAGAGGAAUCACAAUCUAGCUACAAUCAGAAAUAUGAUGCUUUUUAUGAUUAUAUGAGAGAGUACAUGGAAUCAGAUUUCUCUAAGAAACAGCUGAUGGAUAAGGUUAAGAAGUUGAAGAAGAGGUUUAGAGAGAAUCAAGCGAGAUCUAGAAGAGGUUUAGAGAGAAUCAAGCGAGAUCUAAUGAGGGAAAAGAACUUUCUUUUUCUAAUUCCCAAGAAGAAGAAGUGUUCAAAUUGUCAAAGAUCAUAUGGGCUAAAAAAGAAACAGAACAUGCUUAUGAGGAGAAUAAGGACCAAACAAAGUGUCUUGUGUUGAAGGAGGAUGUGCCUUGUGCGGAGCGUGAACGGGCGAGUAAUGCGAAUACGGAGAUUAAUAAUGGUGAGAAAAAGAAGAUUGAGGAAGAUGGUGUGGAUGAUUUGUGUGUUCUGCUUGGUGCACUUGAGGCGUCAACAUCGUUUCAAAGUUUAAAUGAAAAUCUACAAAAGUUUCUGCUUCAAAACAUGAAAAAUGUUGGAGCUAAUCAAAGAAAAGAGUUGACUGAUGAAUGGAAGACAUUGCUUGCCGAGGACAUGGAAUUGGAUGUCAAGAAACUAACUUUCUCUGCAAAGCUUGUAAAUGUGGGAUUUUCUGCUUAGUUCAAGAAAGGGAUAAAAAGUUCUGCUUUUGGAAUGUUUAGAUGUUUUCGGUUGUUUCCUAUCAAUGUUUUUGUUGUGUAACUUGUGUUUAAGCCAUUUUUUGAACAUUUACUAUUAUCCUGGCUUCUUUUUGUUAAGUGUAAUCGGUAUUUUUUGGUUGUCUUGUGCACUCUGAUAUUUCUGAGGUUCAUAAACUUGUAAACUUCUCUGCUU